AUGAAUAUACUUCGUUUAAUAUUUGUGCAGCAGCCUAUGUACCACAUUUAUCGUGAAAAUCUAUUAUCCGGUGCAGCCUAUUUACCGGAUUUUAUAGGACGUUAUGCCGAGUUACAAAAAGCAACUGAAAUUGGAAUUCUAAUUCUAUUAUCAUUAUCAUUAACUUUUAUUGCAUGUAUUUAUCAUUUUGAAAAAAUAACUUAUCAUUAG